AUGCUUUACUUGGAGAUGCUCUCCCACUUCUUGGUCACUUCGGCCAUAUUGGCCAUCGCCGAAGCUCGUGCCGUCUCAAACAGCUCGCCUUUUACCUCGAUAAAAUGGUCAAACUGUACAGCUCCGUUAUCAAAACCGGGGUUCGACUGCGGAACGCUUGAAGUGCCAAUUGACUGGGAUCAUCCUCAUGGCGAGAAGGUCCAACUUGGCAUGCUACGCCACAAAGCAUCCAAACCCGCACAGAGAGUAGGAAGUCUACUGUUCAACCCCGGCGGUCCAGGCGAUACCGCGACAACCUACGUGGCAUUUGCCAGCGAACUAUUCGGUCAGGAUGUUGCCAAUCGAUUCGACAUUAUUGGCCUCGAUCCUCGGGGUGUUGGCCUGAGUUCACCUAUUCGCUGCGACCCAGACAUCUACAACGAGCAGGUCUCGUACUGGCCAUCAAACCAGACCGAGCUUGAUGCAUUGGUCUCAAAGUUCCACAGACUUGGAGAGAGUUGUUUCAAUAUGACCGGGCCACUGGUCAAGCACAUGGACUCUAUCAGUGUGGCCAAAGACAUGGAAGCAAUCCGCCAGGCUUUGGGAGACGGAAAGCUCAACUAUAUCGGUCUCUCGUACGGGACAUUGAUCGGGCAAACGUACGCAGAACUCUUUCCCCGGAAUAUCCGGACAAUGGUCUUCGAUGGCAACAUGGAUCACAGCACCGAUCCCAUCUCAUAUCUUACCGUGAAAUCAUUCACCUAUGAAAGUGAAGUAGUCCGAUUUGCAGAGUGGUGUAGCCAGUCAUUGACCUGUCCACUGAACGGAACCUCAACAGACGUCCUCCAAGUCUUUGAUGAACUGGUCAAGCAGGCAAACAACAAACCCAUCCCCGCACCUUCAUGCAAGGCCAAGGGAUGUCGCGAAAGCGUGACUGGCGCAGAUAUCCAAAACAAUGUGAACUCACAACUAUUUGUCAAGAACUCCACUUUGCUCGGAACCUGGGCAACACUCGGUCAGAAUCUUCUCGAGGCCAAAAAAGGAAAUGCAACUGGUCUUUCCACAUCCAUCGCAACAAGCUCGAACUCAGACGUUUUCCAGAGCGCUGUGAUCAGUUGCUCAGACUGGUAUCACCCUGAAGCUUCACUUGUGGAUCUCAAAUAUAAAAGGGAUCUCGCUAGAACCAUGUGGCCACACGUUGGCACCGGCGCCUACGGACUCAAUCGCUGUAUCGGAUGGCCUUUCCCUCAGGUCAAUAAGCAGCGUAAAGCCAAGAUCCACGGCACUCCUCGCAUUCUUCUGGUCAACUCGCAGUUUGAUCCUUCGUGCUCGUAUAUCUGGGCGAACGGGCUGCAGGAACAAAUUAGCAAUAGCACUCUUCUCACACGGAGAGGCGAUGGUCAUACAUCUUAUGUCUUGCAAGGAGAGACUUGGAAAGUUGUGAAUGACUAUAUUGUCAAUAUGACGAUUCCCGCUGACAACACUGUUGUCAAUAGCUGA